AUGGUGCGAAAGUGUAUCUUCUCCAUUUACACCAUCUCCUUCGCGUUUCUGUUACUCUCUUGGAAAAUCGGAGAUGUGAACGGUCAGCCACAACGGAGAGGAAAUGUAAAUGAACUCAUAAGACGGUUCGAGCUCCAGGGCAGAGAAGACAUACAAGAAAGAGACUCGAAUGAAAAUAAAUCGUUCGAAAGAGGUACACAAGGGAUUCAACACCCUUUAAAUAGAGGACAAAACACUGCUAUCUAUGAAGAAUCGCAGCCCGAGAAAUCAUACGGUCCCGCGCGUAGAAGCAGUUCCUUUCCCACAGAGAAAAGUUCAUUCAGCGUAGACGACUAUUCGGAGGAUGACUCUGCUGACGAGGAUAAUGACUACGGGGGUAACGUCCGAAAUGACUACCAACGUGACUAUCGAAACGGUCAGCAGCAUCAGCGUGGCAACCGGGAUGGCUACCCGGAUGGGGAACAUUCUCGAAGAGAGGAAGGUGGAAGAAUGAGCCCAAAGGGUAAUGUUUAUUUAGGCAAUGAUUUCGAAAAUUUUAACAAAAGGUUAGGACUCAGCAUGGACGACUACAUGAGCGAUGAGGAGGAUAACUCCUUGGGCAGCUCAGAUAAUAAUAGUGACGAAUCGAAUGCGUAUAAUUCCGACAGAUCCUCCAUUUAUGAAGACAUUCAAUUUGUGAGACGCAGAGGCAAUAGACAACCAAAUGACGAUGUGGAACUUUCAAGGACGGAUGGAAGACGAAAUGCUAUGUAUAAUAGGAGUGACAAUAGUGCAGAAGUAUCACCCUCCCGUGAAAGUAAAAGAGUGAGGGAUCCGAGCAGUGACAUGUAUGACUACGCGUAUGGAAGGAAUGGCUCAAAUGGGUCAGCACUUCCCAAUCCGUAUUCCUACCCAGAGGAAGACUUUAGUCGACGAACACUUCCUCCAACGGAAAACAGAAGAUCAAUGAGUAGCUCAAGUUCACCCCUACAGGGCGAUUAUAGCAUGCCUUUAGACAGUUACACAAAUAGUUACGACUCGAGGGAUGACAUUUAUAGUGUAAUCCCCGGAGAGGAGCAAUACGAGGAUGAAAUAAAUCAAAGAAGAACGAGACCAGGGUACAGUUCGUUGGAUAAGGCCGCACAUCCGAAUCGUAAUGAAAUAUUGCCAGUCAGAGGGAUUAAAAAAUCCGCUUCGUCUUAUAAUCCAGAGGGCAGAAAAAGUAGGACGGAUGAUUUUUUCAACAAAUUUAGGAAAAGCAAUAAGGUGGACAUGCCUAAAGGGGUGUCUCACGAACCCCAAGACGCUUCUAAAGCAGUUCACGCACAGCAGGUUUCGAAAAAUGGUAGGAAAGUUUCCAAGUCACCCAGUAUAAUCACCCUGUUUAGCAACUACCAGAGGGACCUUUUUCUGCGUAAAUAUAGCAAACCGUCUAGCAAUGUCGGCGGCAGUACCAGUGGUAAUGUCAGUGGUAAUGGCGUAAAAAGAAUCUUUUCCUUCUCACGGAGUGGGAAGAACGGUGAGCCUUCCAUAAUGGGAGAGUUACAAACAGCCGCGGAACAGUGCAUAGCCAAAAAUAGUAAUAAACUAAGCAGACUCGUGCUCAUGAAGAACUUAGCUUUUAACGAUACAAAACUGCUGGAGAAUUAUGAAUACGCCGUUUCGUACAUUUGGAAUAAUUGCAAGAAAGGCAGCGCUACCUGUUUAGACAUCAGGCCCAUGAUAUACAGGGAGGACGAUCCGGACGCAUCCAGCAUAGUCACUUCAUUACCCAACAUAUACAUUUUGAGUACCUACGAGUUUCUACUAACCAAUUUGAGAAUGUGUGGUCCGUUAAGAACGAUGGUAAAGAAUAGGGUAAAGGAGAAUAAGCUGACCCCGACGGAUAUCGUUUUGCUACUGUCUGGCGCGUACUUCAAAAGUUGGGUGAACAACAUUUUGGUUAAACAUUUGAUAAACUUUCUUAAGACGAAAAAUGUAAUGCAUUUGGAGAGGUACUUCCUCGCGGUUGUGAUUACCUUUGCCCCAUUUAUUAAGCCCGCACUGAAAAUUUACUUUGGUGAGCGUUACGCCAAAGUAAGUACGUAUAGCUUAGAUGUAGAAGUGAACAAAAUGAUCCGCGAAAUGUUGGAUGUGGCUCUCCGCUGGACUCAGGCAUUUCAAGAGAAGUUCUCAGACGAAAGUAAUAGGAUCCUCUUAAAGGUACACAAAAGGUUAGCGUCUUAUUCUAAAAGCAGAAAUGGGAGGUUGUCCGGAAGGUUCAGGACCUUGGAGGCACUCCUUCUUAGGCAGAAGGUGGCCAGCGACGUGGUUAGUAACCAGGACCAAGGGUACCGCUUCCUAAUCCAGCACGUCUUGAAAUAUGUGCAAAAUGUGCACUUCACCGUUUUUGAGUAA